AUGGGGCCCUUGAUCGACGGUUACGGAGGAAUUCCCAUCAUCCCGUACACAAACGCGUGGUUGGACCACUGCUCGGGCUUCUCCUCCUCUCAGUUCGGGCAGUACAACCAGGCGGGAACCUACCCUGCCGCUAGCUCGCCCGGCUACGCCCCUUACCACCAGCAACCCACGUCUAUGCCCGCGUCAUCCGGAAUUCCCAGCUUCACGCCCGCACCAUUCCGUCCUGCCCCCACCGUCGACUCGAACCAGGGUUUUUUCUCUUCGAUGUUCCCUCCUGGCGCCUAUCCUCCUCCCUCGACACCCAUGUUUUCCGCUUCGACGGAGACCGUCGCAUCGUCCUAUGAUAGUUCCUCGCCUCACUCAUUCUCUUCCAUGUCAUCCUCGUCCGCCAUCACUAUUCCUAAGCCACGACGCUCCAGCCAGGACUCUGAUGUGACGCAGGUUCCUCUCGUGACCCAGCCGGCGCCGGCGCUCGCGUCUUCCCUCCCAUCCCCGCCGACCUCGACCGACUCGAAAGCGCUCAUUAAUCUGGUCUCCGAUAGUCCUACACCUACGCCGCAUCCGUCGCAGACAAACACACCCGUCUCCACGCAGGACAGUAUCGUACUGGAGAAAGCCUGUCCGGGUGUCGAGGACCUUCCUAUCGGCCCCUCGAAGCCAGUCACCGUCGCCAUACCCGAGGGUUUUGGCAGCCUCGAUCCGAACGAUCUGCCCCGCCAAGUUGCGCAGGAGGCAAGCGGUCCCCCACUCACAUAUCCCGUGACCGCUGCCACUCUCCGCGCGGGACCUCUGGCGCCUGUCGCGGAAUACUAUCGCUUCCACCACGAGUCCAUCUUCCACACCUGCAUUCCUCGCGUCAAGCUCACCAAGCUGCAUAACCGUCGUGUCGACGGGUUCAAGGAGCUCUUACCGGUCUAUGACUUCGAGCUGAUUGACGCCGGGAAGGCCGAUUACCUCGAGAUACGCUCGGCUAUGAUGUUGCAGGUGGUGGAUCUGCGUGCCACGCCACCGAGCAACUUGCGGAGGCGUCGCAAUGUCCCCGAAGCCAUUGUCGUCGGUGAUGAGCUCAGGCGCGACCCGCACCACGUCGAGUUCCUGUGCGCCUACUAUCGCAGCCAGGACAGCCACGCCGUCGUCCUCACUACACGCAAGGUCGAUCAGUGCAAGCUGAUCUCACGCGAAGCGUCGUGGAACGCGUUCAUGACGAAUCUUCAGCGUCUGGUCGGGCUUAACGGGCGUCUUGGGGCUGACCAGUUGGCGGAAGCGGCCGUGAAGGCGCGUCGCCAGGCUCGGCAUCACGUCUACGAGAACGUACACGCUGCGUGCAGUGGCGUUAGGUCACCAGAGGAUCGCGACUCUCGGCCCAACAAUCUUACCGAGGCGCAGACCUUCGUACCGUACAUGCUGAGCUACUUCUCGCUGCCGACGAGCUGA